UAACCGAUAUUUCAAUAACAAAAAUCGAGCAACGAAAAAGUGUUUAAAGAAUAGAAAAGAAAAACUAAAGCAAAUAAGAAAAAUAUUAAAAAAAUAUAAAAGAUUUAUUAAGAAACUAUAAUAUUUUCAAAAAAAACAAUUAAAGAAAAACCCGGAAAGAUCUUUAAAAUUGAUCGUACGUAAAACUAAAAAAGGUAUUGUACUACUUUAGCUGUUAAAAAGCGGAUUAAGAGAGCAGCAACACAACUAAAUGAAAAAUUAAUUGGUUUCCAUUGUAUACAUUCAACCUUUUUUCAUGUUGUUACCUCCUUCUUGGGUCGGUCUCAUAAUACAAAACACUUCAAACAAUACCCUAAAUCAGCAGGUAAACGAAAUAUGAUAUUGAAAAACAUGACAAGAUGACACAUUUCGUGUAAUGGCCACAUAUAGAACUGAAAAAAAAUCCCUUAUUUAUAUUGAAUCAACUAGAGCAUUUUCCAGCGGUACAGGCAGAAUUAUACAACCUGUAAGAACAGUUUUGUUCAAAAGGUGUCAUAAAUUUUACGGUUAAUGAUAAUUUAUUGAUGGAACAAAUGACCUGCUUUGAACAUGUAUGAGCCUAAACUCUGCUACCUGGGCAGGGGAGGGGGAACACAGGCCACUAAGAAAAAGGGUGAUUUGUUGUAUAAAAUCUGUGAUCAUCUGGAAAAACGCAACAGAUUCAUUUAAGACAUCAAUGAGUAAAGAUCAUUAUUAAAUACGCUAAACUCUAAAAAGUUUCAAAACCGUGAAGAAAUUUAGUGAAUUGAUAAUUAAAACGUUAUUAACAAAAAUAAAAAAUGGCUCCAGCACAAACUUUGGAUAUUAAUACACAAAAUACUGAUAAAUAUACUCACAAGAAGUUCCAAGGAAAACGCAACUAUGCCCAUAAGAAGUUUGGCACAAGAUCAGCGAACUCUCUAAAAGAAACCGUUACCAACAACGAAGUUCUACAAAAUACCAACUCUACUUUGGCCCCUAAAAGAUCCACCAAUGAUCUCUUUAGACCCUAUGCUUUGCCCGAUAAUACACCUCCCCGUAAAAGAAAACAUUCUGAAGUACAAACGAAAUUGGAUGAAAAAGAAGAAAAUACCAUGGAAUUUAAAAGAUUUGCUGCCUCCUUCGCCCCGCCAACACCUUCACCCUCACCACCUAUGGCAUAUGCAGCAUACCAGCCCCAUUUUCUGCAGCCCUCACCUUUAUUCUUUAAUCCCAAUUAUCGUCUACAGCAACAACACUAUCAAUUUAAUCCCCAAACUUUUGCCUUAAUUUUACAAAAGCAACGGGCCGCUCUCUGUAUGGGUGAGAUUUUGAAACGGCAAGCUAAUCUUAAUUUGUACAAUCUAAAGGGACAAUAAGGCCUGCAAAGAAACCCUUUAGGGAAAGUCUCUAAGCCACCUUCCUUGGAAAGUAUUGAAAACAGCAAUUGUGAUAACUUAACAAAAAUAUUAAAAUAACCUCAACCAGUGAUUUUUAUUAUAAUUUUUUCUUUUUAUAUGUAAUUGUGUAUAAAUUAAAACAUUUUUUAAAAAUAUUAUUUUUUACUUAAAUU